UGCACCCAGGUGUAUAAAUAGGCAUUCCACACCUUUCUUGUUCACACUGAAAUUGAGAGCUCUUCAGAAGUUGCUCUUAGAAGAGAGAGGGCAGAAAAGCUUUAAUGAUGAAGAAAAACUUAGCAUCCAUCCUGAUUUUGGUUCUUGCUGUCUUGCAUACUCUGGCUAAGGAAACUACUACUAAAGAUGGAAGAAAAGACCCAAAAGAAGCCAAGGAGAAACACCCUAAACUUCCACAGACUCUGUCAAGAGGCUGGGGUGAUCAACUAAUCUGGACUCAGACUUAUGAAGAAGCUCUUUUCAAAUCCAAGACAAGCAACAAGCCUAUAAUGAUCAUCCACCACUUAGAAGAUUGCCCUCAUAGUCAAGCACUGAAGAAGGUAUUUGCUGAACACAAAGAUAUACAGAAAUUGGCAGAGAAGUUUAUUCUUCUCAAUCUUGUUUAUGAAACUACAGACAAACAUCUUGCACCAGAUGGUCAAUACGUGCCCAGAAUUCUGUUUGUAGAUCCUUCACUGACAGUUAGAGCAGAUAUUACUGGAAGAUAUUCCAACCGCCUCUAUGCUUAUGAGCCUCAAGAUGCUUCACUGUUGUAUUCAAAUAUGCAGAAAGCUCUGAAUCUGCUAAAGACAGAAUUGUGAAGAAAGAAGACUGACCCACUAUCAGGUCCUCUGCUCAUGAGUCUAAAAAUGCUUAGUUUUUUCCCCAAAGUGGAGACAGUCUGGACUUUGGAUUUGCAUUGGUUUGCUGAUAUGUUACCUUUUAAUACCAAAACUAUGUUAUAAAUAUUCAUUUGUAAUGUUAUGACAUUAAGUAUUGAUUGCUUUUAUAAAAUAAGACUAAAGUAUGGUAUCUUUUUUUCUAUAAAUCAAGAUUUAAAAAUAAAUCUACAUUAUAUCUUUACCAAAAAAGGAA